AUGGCUGCCAACAACCCCGCCGUCAAUUUCCGUCAUGAAGCUUCUUGUUCCAUCUGCUUGAGUUUCUUCCAAGAUCCUGUCUCCAUCCAUUGUGGUCAUAAUUUUUGUCGGGAAUGUAUCACCCGUUGUUGGGAGGAAGUGGAAGAGAUUUUUCCUUGUCCACGAUGUCAAGAGACGGCUCCUCAAAGAAACUUGAGACCUAACCGGGAACUAGCCAAGAUCAUCGAGAUAGCCAAGCGGCUCAGCUUGCAGGCAACCAAAGGUGGGGCAGGGGGGGAGAAACUCUGUGAGAAACACCAAGAAGUUCUAAAACUCUUCUGCGAGGAGGAACAAAUCCCCAUCUGCCUGGUUUGUAGAGAAUCUCAAGCUCAUCGGGUUCACCCCGUGGUUCCUAUCGAGGAGGCGGCGGAGGAGCAGAAGGAGAAAUUCCAGGCUCAUGUGCAGAUCCUGAAGGACAGGAGAGAAAAGCUACUGGGGCUGAAAACAGCUGAGGAAGGGAAAAGCCUGGACUUCCUCGAACGAGUGGAAACGGAGAGGCAGAAGGUUGUGUCUGAAGUCAAGGAGCUGCAUCAGUACGUGGAGGGACAGGAACAUCUCCUCUUAGAUCGGUUGGCCAAGCUGGACCAGGAGAUCAUGAGAAGACAAGAGGAGAAUAUCAACAGGAUCUUGGAGGAUAUCUCCUCCAUCGAUGAGCAGAUCCGUGAAGUGGAGGAGAAAUGUCAGCAACCAGCGUGUGAAUUCCUACAGGACAGCAGAAACAUCUUGAGCAGGCUUGAGGAGGAUGUCAACCAGAAGCCAGCAGAGACAUCAUCUGAGCUAGAAGAGAAACCCACCGGUCUUCUUCAGAAAAAUAUUGCCCUCAAAGAGAUGCUGAUGAAAUUUCAAGUAAGUCUGACACUGGAUCCAGAGACGGCCCAUCCCCGCCUCGUCCUGUCUGAGGAUCGCAAGCGGGUGAGAUGGGAAGACACCCGCCAACCCGUCCCCGACAACCCCAAACGCUUCGACUCUUCUCGCUGCGUCCUGGGCUGUGAGGGCUUCAGAACGGGGAGACAUUACUGGGAGGUGGUGGUGGGUGAUGGAGAAGCUUGGGCUGUUGGGGUGGCCAAAGAGUCGGUGAAGAGGAAAGGACGGAUCAGUGUCAACCCCAAGGUGGGGAUCUGGGCGGUGGGGCAAUGUGGGAGUCAAUACCAGGCUCUGACAUCUCCUACCAUCCCCAUCUCCUUGUUGGUUGCCCCCAAGGUGAUUGGGAUUUACCUGGACUAUGAGGAAGGGCGAGUGGCUUUUUUUGACUCCAAAAAUGAAGCUCCAAUCUUCACCUACCCCCCAACAUCCUUUGCCGGGGAGCAAAUCCUCCCCCUACUCUGCCUGGGGAGGGGGUGUCAGUUCACACUCUCCCCUUGA